AUGCCAUCAUUUCGAAGCUCUCGUCGGGUUACCGGCCUGAAGGAUAGUGAUUACGACCACGAGAUUGACCUCGUCAACCACGACGACCGCGUUGCAUCGCCGAGUAUCGAGACCAUUGGUGGAGCCACCCGUGCAUCGACCAGAUCACGACUGCUUCGAGACGAAGAUCAAGAGGGGGAUCAAGAUGCGAAUGCAGAUGCAAACGACGAUACGGAGCGCAACGUUGCCCACGAUGCUGGCUCCUCUCGGCAAUCUGCAGAAGAAGAACAGAACCAGCAGUUAAAGCCCGCGAAACGACAGAGUGCGCCAACGCUUGAGCCUCAAACCACGACAGCCACGACAGCUCCUUCAAUCGAAGUCGAAGGACCCACACCCCAGGAAGGCCCCAUACCCAUACGAAAUGGUACCCAAAAAGCAAGACCAGCGACAGCAGAGCGGGAAACGGCCAUCGACGUACUGUGGGAGAACGAGAGAGGCUGUAUAGUCUGCGGUAUCGCCCUCUUUUCUGGAAAGGCCCUGGGCAACCUCGACCCCUCCCCAUGGCAGAACCAGUUUCACAAGACAAGUCCUACGACGACAAAGACAGCUCAAGUUCCCGAUCCAUCAUGGGAGUGGGCAUGGCCUGAGUGGAGAGUACAUCGGCCCGAAGGCGUGACAACGGACGAGUUUGGAUGGGAAUACUCGUUCAUGUUCUACAAGAAGUUUUCAUGGCAUGGGCCGAAGUGGUGGAACUCUUUCGUUCGCAGAAGGUGUUGGGUUCGCAAGCGAAUCAAGAAGAAGCCCGAGGACGUUUCAGACGAUCCGCAUAUGCUGAAUUCGGACUAUUUUACAGUCACGCCUGCUAAUCACAGCCGCUCCUCUAGCGUAGCGGGCAGCAGGCGAGAGAGUAUCAGCAAGACGAGCAUACAGACCAGUGUGGCGGAGGAGAAGCCCGACAUAGAGGAUGUGCGGACGCUUAUGGCGGUCCUACGAGCUUCGCGAAUCGACCGCGAGAAGAUCGAGGCCGUCGAAAACUAUCUGGCACACGCCAAAGACAACCUCGAGCACUUGCAGGAUGAGAUGCACGAAAUUAUGGGCAUUUUUGUGUUCCAGGCCUCGAGGAGGCUUCUGCUGAGCCGCUUGACGCAGAUCUAUGACGAUGCGGUCGCCGCAGAUGAGCAGGAGGGCGACAGUGACAAGGCAAAGGAGAGAAAGGAGCAUCUUGCCGCGGCGAUCAAGCACGCGGAUGAGGAAGUGAAAAGGCUGUCGUAUUGGAGCGACGUCAAGGGUCUGGCAGAGAACGGCGAAGCCAAGCACGCUGUCGCAGAAAACGAAGGAUGGAACGAGAGUUGGCAGGGCGUUGAUCAGAGCGGUCCGGCCCACGUCAACUCUGGCGCCUUGCCUGGGUCACCCAAAAAGUGA